AUGUGGCCGAGAGACGUUGGUAUCAAAGCGAUAGAGAUAUACUUUCCUGCCCAGUAUGUCGAGCAAACGGAGUUGGAACAGUUUGACGGUGUGUCCGCUGGCAAAUACACUAUUGGCUUGGGCCAAUAUAGGAUGGGUUUCUGCAAUGACCGCGAGGACAUCAACUCUUUGUGCUUGACGGUUGUGCACCGGUUAAUGGACAGGUAUGACAUAAAGCCAGAGGACAUUGGACGAUUGGAAGUUGGGACUGAGACCAUAAUAGACAAGAGCAAGUCAGUUAAGUCUGUCCUCAUGCAACUGUUUGAACCGUAUAACUGCACAGAUGUGGAAGGAACGGACACAACCAACGCUUGCUAUGGAGGUACUGCUGCUCUUUUAAAUGCCGUGUCUUGGGUAGAAAGCAGUGCUUGGGACGGCCGGUUGGCUUUAGUCGUGGCUGGUGACAAUGCUGUGUACUCUCCUGGAAGUGCUAGACCAACUGGAGGCGCUGGGGCCAUGGCAAUGUUAAUCGGACCAAAUGCACCUUUAAUAAUCGACCGUGGAGUAAGGGCAUCGUGCAUGAAACACGUGUACGACUUUUACAAGCCAAACUUAAAGUCUGAGUAUCCCACUGUCGAUGGGAGACUAUCGGUUGAGUGUUACCUUAACGCACUGGAUACUUGCUACCAGACUUAUUGUAAAAAAGUAAAGAACAAGUAUAACUAUGACGUGACUCUGAAUAGCUUUAAUGCAUUUCUAUUUCAUUCUCCAUACUGUAAGUUAGUGCAGAAGUCAUUCGCCAGAUUAGCUUUCAUUGAUUUCUUGAAUACAUCUAAAGAAGAAGUAUCUGAAAAGCAUCCAGAGUUGGUGCAGUUUCACGAUAUUAAAGUUGAAGACACUUAUUCUAAUAAAGACAUUGAGAAGACAUUUGUAAAUUUGAGUAAACCAGACUUUCUACAAAAGACGCAACCUUCUUUAAUGAUAGCAAAUCAAGUAGGAAAUAUGUACACUCCGUCUGUAUAUACUGGAUUAGCUUCUUUACUAAUUAAUAAACCCAUAAAGGAAUUGGCAGGCACUAAAAUAGGAAUAUUUUCAUAUGGUUCAGGACUCUGUUCUACUAUGUAUUCGUUAACGAUAACAAAAGAAUGUAAUGAAAAAUCAGACUUAAUGAAAAUUGUCUCCUCACUUUCUUAUAUUAAAAAGGAGCUUGAUGCUCGCCAAAAGAUUUCCCCAGAAGAUUAUACAAAGAUAUUGGAAUGGCGUGAACAGAAUUGUCACACAGUGCCAUUUAGCCCGCAAAGUAGUAUUAAAAAUAUGUUUCCUGGAUCUUACUAUCUUGUACAAGUGGAUGAAAAAUAUAGAAGAACUUACAACAGAGUAUAAAACUUUUGUCAGUUCUUAAUUUUAAUUUAAAGUUUAACGAACAAACUGUUUGGGGUAUUUUCAAUUCUCUAAUCAAAAUUACAAUGGUGCAUGAUUAUGUAUAUAAUUUAAAAAAUAAAUUAAUAACUAGGAUAUAAAAUAUAUUUUUAUUAAACAAAAAUUUUCUUAGUGUGCACUGAAUAUUAUGAAAUGUAAACUUUUAAUUUUUUAAUCUGUUUAUAAAUAUAAAUUCACAGAUCCAAAUUAUAUAGAUAUAUAAUAGACAGAUAUCAUAUCAAUCAUUUUCAGAACAAUACUUUUGUUUAUAUAUUUAUUUAUUAUGUACAGUUUCUAAUAUAUCUAUUACGCAAUUCUAUAUCUUUUUUAAUUGAAGAUAACAAAGUUAUAAUUAUUGCUUUUCAUCAUGUUGGAAAUAAUAAUUUAAAAAAAAUUUUUAAAUAUAUUUUUAAUGCAUUUUUGUCGAUUAUUAGUUUGUGAAUUAUGUGAAUAUUUAAAGAAAAUAAUAAAGAAUUGGACAUGGUUUUUACAUAUAUGUAUAUAUAAAAAGUGCCUUAACAAUAAAUUUUUUUAACUCCUUGAUAUUUAGUUUUUUGCUUGAACAUACUGAAUAAUUCAUUAUUCUGAUUUAUGACAAGUCAGAAUGUCAAUGAUGUAAACAUAAUAUUAUUCAAGUGUAUAUAUUCAUAUGUACAUAGAAUAUAAUAUAUUAAAAAUGAAGCAGUUUGUACGUAAAAUAAUUAAUCAAUAAUUUUGUUAUUUAUGUUUUGCAUAUUGAUAAGUCAAUUGACACGUUAAUUAUAAAAUGUUCAAAUUUUUUAUAUAUUUUGUUAAAAAAAGAAAAUAUUUGUAAAGUGAUGUAUUGCAAUUUACCAACAGAUAUUUGUCUUGUAAUGUUUAUAUAUGAAUGUUAAUAAAUAAUAUAAAUGUAAUAUAUUGUUCAACUAAUAUUUUCUUAAAUAUGUUUCUUUAUUUUGAUUAUUAAUUGACAAUAAACGAAUGUGAAGUACAUUACUUAUAUUUUAUUUUAAUAAUUUAAAGUUACAACAAUGUUAGAAAAAUAGUAGAAUAGCAAUUUUUUAUUUAGAAAAAUAUGUUAAUCAUUUGUUUCUUUUGAGAUUCAUAAAAAAUAAAUACGAGCAUUUACUUCUGUUACAUUUAUAUAUAGUUGAACUGUAUAAUUGUGAUAGAGUAUUAUAAAAUAUAAAACGUUUAUAUUUACAAAUCUAUACAUUUAAAAUCUCUUAGGAGAUUCAUCUCCACUCAAUCUUAAGUUUCCAGCAAAACUGUAGAUGUAAAUUUUUAGAUUAAUACAAAUCUAUGGUGACUUCUUUUUUCAUACUUAAGCGAUCAUAAAAUAUUGGUUUAGUAUUAUGAUCAGUUUUGUUCUGUCAUUAUGAUGUAACUAACUUUUUUAAUAUCACAUUAUUUGAAUCAUUAUAAAAAUAUUAUAUAUUACUUUUUCACUUUAUAUAUAUUACAAAUUUUAACUUAGGAUAUGUAUAUCAUUUGUUCAAAAAGUACUACCUAAAAUAUUUUGUAUGAACAACUUGAACAGGAAGACAAUUUUCUACUCGCACCAAGUCUAACAACUUCAUCUCCGUUAGCAUUUAUUUGGCGAUUUUCGUGUCUUCUCUGGAAACAAAUAAAAAUCAUAUAGAUUUCUUUAACUUAUAUUGCAUUAAUUUAUAUUAUAUAUACUUGUAUAAAAGACAAACGCUUACUUUAAGCUCAGAUGCCAGGUAAAAAAAUAUAGAAUCUAUAUUGGUAUUUUCUUUGGCUGACGUUUCUACUACUUGCAACACUUCAGGAAAAUACUGACAAAGAGUUUCCGCUUCUCCUUUUUCAACUUCUCGCAGACUUUCUAAAUCACAUUUAUUGCCUAUAAAUUUUUUUGUUCGUUAAUGUAUAUAAUAGUCAAAGUGUAAUUCGAACAAAAUGUACGAACAGGACUAAAUCUCACCAACUAAAAUUAAUAACACAUGUGAUGAAGUAUACCUUCGUACUUCUUCGACCCAAUGUUGUAAGCUUAAGAACGUGGAUCUUUUUGUAAUAUCAUAAACUGAAAGUUUGUAAGUAUUACAAAGGACUACGAAGAGAAAAUAAACGUGAUAUUUCUUACAUACCAACAACAACACCAUUAGCAGAUCUAUAG